CUGCGCAUGUCCGCGACUGCACGGACGGAGAAAGAGACAGGAGAGAGCCACAACAGGAAAAAAGUGGCAAAGACAAAGGUCUGAGCACCCUUUAGGGGGAAAAGGACAGAGGAGACUCGGGUUUUAGACCGGUUUACGGCAGCUCAGCUGUGACACCAGCGGCAGUGUGUGACUCCUCUGUUCCUGUGGAACUGUAGCUUCGCGGUCAGCAAGUCUUGGAGGAUGGAAAGACCUGCUAAGCUAUAGGCUUUAGAUGGAAAGAGCUGUCAGCACAUAGAGAGAAUGGAGGAAGUGGAAAACGCAAAGAGUGACGGCAGUAUGAUUGAUGACACCGCUGUGCUGUUGGAGGACUAGUCUGUCAUUUUGGAGCAUCUAGAGUAUCUUUGCUGGUUAUACUUGGUCACUCAUAGCGAUAUUUCUGCACAUCUGUCCUUUAGUGGGAAAGAGACAGAGAGAAGGUUUUGCGGUGUUUAAGAGCCACAGGUCUCAUUUACCCUCCCUCCAGACACAAGCUCCUCUCUUCCAAGUGGCUGAGAGGUUAUCACACAAAUGGUUGUCAUGAUGCUCAUGUAGUGUCCUGAGAUUAGUAGUUGUGGAGCUGAAGGAGGUACCGGUGGUGGUGGGGGCGGCGACAGCGCUGGCGGUGGUGAACGUCCAGGGAUGGGAAGUGCUCCGUAUCCAGCCAGUGAGUGGAAGGGGAAGGGGCGAGGCAGCCUGCAGGAGCUGGGGUGCAUGCCCUGGAAGGUCAGCAAACAGAAAGGUGGUGGAGGAAGUGGAGGGGGAGGGGGAGGCGAGGCGGUGGUGGGAACAGAGGAGAAGAGGUGCAGAGAUCCCAGGGAAACUCAGCAGCAGCAGCAAGAUCUCUCGUCGUCUUCUUCUUCGCUCACCUCGCCAGCUCCUCCCCAAGCUCCUUUGGUGCCUCCGGCAAUUUAUCACGAAAAGCAGCGGCGGGAGCUGUGUGCCCUGCACGCACUCAAUAACGUCUUCCAGGAUGGGACAGCAUUCAGCCGGGACACCCUGCAGGAGAUCUACCAGAGGCUCUCUCCCAGCACUAUGGUGACGCCUCACAAGAAGAGCGUGCUGGGAAACGGGAACUAUGACGUAAAUGUCAUUAUGGCAGCCCUGCAGACCCGAGGGUUUGAGGCAGUUUGGUGGGAUAAAAGAAGGGAUGUUGGCAAUAUUGAACUGUCCAACGUGGAGGGCUUCAUCCUGAACGUACCGUCCAAUCUGCGCUGGGGGCCUCUCCGGUUGCCGCUUAAGCGCCAGCACUGGAUAGGUGUCAGAGAGGUGGGAGGAGUCUACUACAACUUGGACUCCAAGCUGCGUAGUCCUCAACCAAUUGGCAAUCCGGAUGAGCUCAGGAAGUUUCUCCACCAGCAGCUACGAGGGAAGAACUGUGAACUCCUGCUAGUCGUCUCAGAGGAAGUGGAGGCACACCAGACAUGGCGAUCUGAUGGCUAAGGGUUUAACCAGCCUAUCACAGCUCUAACUGGGCUAGCAGUCCAAUCGCAGAAUAAACGGAAGAAGAACUAGCAUUGUUGUGCACAGCCAAACCCUUUUGAUGCACACUUGCAGAUAUAUAUCUACUACACACACACACACACCUUUUUUGGAGGUUUUGUUUACACAGCCAUUGCUGGACAAUUAUCUGGCGAGAUACAAUGCAAUGAAGGAAGCAAACACUUUACAUACAGGGAGAAUCAAAGAAUCACAGCUCUUUCUCACGACACAGCUAAGACUUCUGAAGUGUUAUCCUGUUUCUGCUAUUCUUGUGGAUUUUUUUUAUAUUGAUGCAUAUUUUCAAUGUCAGUUUUGAUCUUUUGCUUUUGUUUUUUUCCCUUUUUUACUUUUCUAGUUUCCAAAGUCAUUCGAGUUCAGGCUUUAUGAAAAAUGCUGUGUUCAUGUGCCUGUCUCCUUCAGUGAUCCUCCCCGCUUCGGUCAUGACGUUCACUGAUGUGUCUUUGUGUUUGUGUCCCUCCCUUCGUGUUGUAAAGCUCUCUUUCUCUUUGUCCGUAUCACUUUCACCAAAGCGUGCCCUUCGUUGCCUCAGCGUGACUCCAUCUCUCUGUCUUUUUCACGUCACUGGUAAGAAUCGGUGAUUGAUCACAUUGCCAACUUUGUAUACUUCAACACCUCCCAAACAUUUCUGGCACAGACGGAGCCUUUGCUGGGGAGGCUCUGCCGACACAACACUUUUAUAUGGCAACAAAGCAAUGCAACAGCACCCUGGCCAAGUAGACCCUCUAGUGGAUGUUUGCCUAAUUUUCAAUCAAGCAAGACAUACCAUCACCACCUAUCCAGUUUUUCUUUUCAGAUUGUUCAUAAUGAAGUCUCAAACUUCUUAUGGCAUGCCUUGAUUAAGAAGCCAAUGCCCCAUGACUGUUUUUUCCUUUUAAAUCAAUCAUUAAUCAAAAUGGGUGCAGCUUUAAUUUAGCUUAAACACUGGUCAGCACAAGAGUCAUCAACCUUCAGUUUGUCCAGUUUCUCUAAAAAAACAAAACAAAUCACAUUUAUACAAGUUAGUUUUAGUUUGUAUCUUUAACCUGGCUGCUCCCAAAGUUAGAGUAUCACUGCAACAGAGUUAAGUCUGCAUAUCCGAAAAGGUGGUAUUUACCUUUGGCAGGAUUCUUUUACAUCAGCAUAUAAUAAUCAAGUUAGUGUGACAUUUCAAAUGUAAGUCUAAAUGAUAGAUAAAAGUGUACCAGCAAAGCCUGUUCCAUAUUACAAAAUGAAAAAACUUCACCAUAUUUUGUAGAGGCCAAUUUGUUCCUGAUGGGUUGCGCUUUUUUUAUGUAUAUGUAUUCUACAUAUACAUAUACAGCAUAUAAAUACGUGUCAAAUUAGAGGAGGAAUUGCUUUUGUUGUUAAUUCAGAUCUGCUGAGGUGCAAUAUGGCAUUGUAUUAAAGGCAAAAGAAUGGGAGUGUGUAAAACUCUGUAGUGUCGCCAUAAUUGCCCGACACAUCCCUUUCUCCAUUAUUUUCCUUAAAGAAACAGUAAUAUUUAAAAAUAACAAAAAAAAAGGUUACUGCACAUAUCAGAUGGCAUUUAUAUACUGAUACUGAGAUGUCUGUAAUAGGUGAAUGUCGUCUAAAAAUAUCAGUCAAGUCAGAUAUCAGUCGGGCUCUGUACGCCAGUUAACGAGAGACCAUGCAUAUGAGGAAAUCAUUUUGUUUCCCUCCGUCACCGACUUCUACUCAGAGCCACCAACAUUUGUUAAACGUCUUCAAAGUGAUCUUUCACGCAGAUGACACAACAGUUAUCAACCCACUGCACCCCCCACCCUACCUCUUACUUUGGCUUGUGAGUGUCCCCACCACAGCAGUCCUCAGUAGCACUGGAGCUCAGCCUAUGCAGAGAUUCUCCUUCUCCGUAUCCUCUCAUAAAUAUCCUGCCAAACAUUGCCAAACUACAGCUCUGAGAGAAUGUCACCGAUUGUUCCACCAAGUCUUACGCAGCGGCCUCUGUUGCGUGAAGUUUCAAUGUGUGGAAGAUUUUGUUGGUGGCUUAAGGGAGAUGAAACUAAAACGCUUGAAGAUCUGUAGGUGUCAGGUAAAGAAAGUGUAGGUCGGAAAGUGUCCGAAAUGUCCAGCCUUUACGCGUGCUGUGGGAAAGUGUAGUGAAAUGAGCCUAAUGAGAGAUUCCACUGUUGUAGCUUUCGUAUUUAUUAACUGUUAAAACUGUUUGCUACUAUAAAUGUAUUGUCUGUUGACGACAAUAUUGGCCUUAACUUGUUUACAUUGAAAGAAACAUAUAGAUAUACGUUGCUCUGAAAUAUUGACGGGGGGGCUGUGCAGUUUGGCGCCACUUCAGGAGGUUAAUUCCAAAGCACCGGCGAGAAAUCCAGUACGCAAAGAAACUAAUCUGUAAUGAUAUUUUAAGUUUUGCCGCCAAGGACUUUAUGUUCUAUACAAACGUUUGAAAUGACGUGACUUUUAUAAGAAAAAAGAUUAUUUUAAUUGUGCAUGUCUUAUUUUAGAGUGACUCCAGCGCAGGCUGUUGGCCUUCACCGCCUCGUUAUAUCCAAGCCGAGCAAUCGUCAGUAAUUUGUGGAGAGUUUUCAGCCCAAUCACGUCAUGACUAGUGUGGCACAUUUGCACUCAGCAUUUGCCUUUUUCUUCUUCUUUUUUGCCAUGACAAUCCAUUUAGCCCUACCUAUUAAAGGACCCUGAUUGUCACUGUAAUUUUUUGUUUCCUUAGAAAUAAAAUGCUUAUAUUGGCACUUUAUGUAUAA